CAUAUAAACGUUAGAUCGUUGAUUUCACGUUGAUAACGUUGUUAACGCACUAUACGGUUUGCAAUGGCGUUUUGCGGCCUCGCCUCGGCAUGGGCGAAACUCGCGUUUUUGUUGCUACUUCCGGCGAUAGCUAUCCACUGCGCUGGCCUGGCGACGCCAUAUUGGAUGAAGGUGACAACAGUCAGCAGCAGGGUGAACGUGACGGUUGGGUUGUGGAAGCAGGUGAACUGUUCCGGAGAGAUAGGGGCGCCUUGCUAUGGUGAACCACUGGCCGCCGUCUACAAGACAAACCUGCUGACUGUGACCCGGACUCUAGAGUGCAUGGCUAUAGUGCCGGCGUUCCUCGCCAUAGUUCUCAGCGUAUACUACGUGACGUCACCAACCGUUCGCACACAGCGGGUCACCGUCUGGAUCAUGACGUCAUCGUUCCUUGCAAUGGCGUUAAACGUCGGGGGCGCCGUCGCAUGGAUUUUCAACGUGCCCUCCAAGCACUUCGUAUUCUGGUCUAUGGGCCUGUCACUGUCUGGUGCCGCCCUCUUUAUGAUCUGCGGCAUCCUCAUGGUUCGCGACUUCCGGAUGUUUGACUACAAGCGGUUGUAUGCGCAGAAGGCGGGAAAGAAAGGGAAGAAGCCCCUGGCAGAUAAUUGACUGUCCGACCGUUUAUUGAAUGCAAGACCAUUUAUUGAGUGCUUUGCAAAUUCAUUGUUGAGUGCCUGACCGAUCAUUAGUGCCAGACCGAUUAUUGAGUGCCUGGCACAUGAUUGAGUGCCUAACCGAACAUUGGUGCCAGACCGAUUAUUGAGUGCCUGACACAUUAUUGAUUGCCUGACCGAACAUUAGUACCAGACCGAUUACUGAGUGCGUGACACAUUAUUAAGUGCCUGACGGAACAUAAGUGCCAGAACGAUUAUUGGAUACCUGACACAUUAUUGAGUGCCUGACCGAACAUUGGUGCUCGACCGAUUAUUGAGUGCCUGACAAAUUAUUGAGUGCCUGACCGAACAUUAGAUGUUUUGUAGUACUAUUAUGUUGCUUUUUAUAAACAUGUGUAUAUGCAUGCAAUUACACACAUGCAAAUCUCACUGAGAUUGCCAAAUUUAUAGAAACUGUUGAGUUUUGCGAUAAAAGCAACAUGGUUGGGUCACAAAUUUUAACAAAAUUCGAUGACCCCAAUAUUUGCGGAAUGGUUCCACGUAAUAAAGACAUUCAGAUAUUUUUGUUUAAGCACAUUAAUACUGUACAUGUUGCAAACAAGAACCAAGCAUACAUGAUCAAGCAAAAAAAAAGCAGACGGCUAUUGAUAUGCCUGACCGAUUAUGAGUUCCUGAUUGAUUAGUAAGUGUCUGACCCGAUUCUUAGUGUCCGAUCGAUUAUUUAGUGUACGCCGAUAUUGCAUUGCCAGACCACAGCAUACUUUUCGACAGAUACAUAAGCGUCAACUAUUUAGUAUCUGACAAAUAAUUAAGUGAAUAACCGAAAGCGUUUUAAGAAUACACAAAUUUAUGUAUUUCAAAGUUUUUUAGGCCAGUUUGCGCCUGCAACUGCAUUUUGUGAGGAUGCUGCCUGUUUCUGAACACUGCUAUCUGAUUAACUCACUAGCAAUACGAAAGUUGAUAUGGAUUUUGAAGUUUUGACGCAAUUGUAUGUAUAUAAAACCCGCCUGCUUUGAAUCGUGAACAUGAACGAAAGUUUCAUGAGAUGCGAAUGUGAGUUAACAAUCAGUGUACAUACCCAUAAUUUUUUUGUUGAAUGACAAGAAAACAAAUCAUUUCUAAAAAGCAAUGUAGCCUUUUUUGUAGUUUACCAACACUUAAUGGCAUCUGUUCUGUACCCUAAACAUAACUUUCCACAAUGUUUUAAUUAUGUCAAACUUGACACUAGGAAUGUCCUACUCUUUAACAGUUGUUAUAAUGAAUUUAAAACGUUAUAACAUAUGAUCAGGUGGACGUUAACGUUUAAUGUUCAUCUACUGUGACGGAUCUUGAGCAUAUAAUGGGCAAAUAAGUACAUAUUUUUUCUUCAACGUCCUGGUAUACAUUGUUUAGGACUUCGAGACCAUAGGGCCAGUAGUUUGUUGUUAUAGGGUCUAAAUGAAGCCUUAAGUGUUACAUGUUUUUGAAAUUCGUUUAUAAAAAGAAAAAAAAUAUUUGUUAAAAAUAGUUUACAAAAACUUAAGUAACCAGUUAUUCAAUUUUAUAUUUUUAUAGUAUUGAUGCAGAUUAGAGAAGGCCCAGUUUUUUUUAAAUCAGUGUUUGUUGUACAAUGCAUUAUAAGCACGUUUAGAGCAAUGCUAGGCAUCUGGUACUAUCCAUAGUAUCAGGCAAACAAUUGUUUUGAAAAACAAGUCAAAUAUUUAAUUUGCUCGAUUUAUGAAUGGUAUAAUGUUGAAUGGUAAAACAAACCAAUUUUAUCAAGA